GCCCGCACGGUCAAUGUGAUGGUGGGGGUGAUCAACCGGUUUAAGUCCGCGUUGGUUCGGGCCCGAUCUGCACUUUCUUGCAGGAGCCCCCACUCCACUCGGACGGGGACCGGACGAGCCGGGGCCGACGACGCAGUACCAUCGGUCGGGGGACGCGGUCCUGGGGAGAGAGAGAGGGCACGACACUCGCCCCUACGGCAUCGCCGUUCUGAUGUGGGGGUGAGUCCUUCCGGGGAGAGGUCCGAGUCGGAGCGUAUGCGACGUUCCGUGUCGGUGGAUCGAGAACCUAGCCCCGAGUUGCAGCCACAGCCUCAUUUUUGGGGCGAUUCUGGCUGGGGGUUCUUAUACCACGGGGAGUGGAGCGGAUGGACCGGCGAGGCUUGGAGACAUGAAGCCGAUGACGAGUCUUAGGCUUGUCUCCUCUUUUGUAUUUAUUCAUUCUUGUAUUUCGCGUGCAUAUAUAUUUUAUUUAUUUUUGCGAAUUCAUGGUGCAAGAAUGUUUUGAGCCUUCCAUGGGCUUUGCUAUGAGGCCUCGACAUAUUAUAGCAGUACUAGCUUUCUAAACCA